GAGGUUGCAUUAACUUUCGUCAACAAUGUAAUGUCCGAAGCAAAAUGUUUGAUGGAUUUUAACAGUUUUUGUGAUGUGUGAGGUCUAUUUUGGCCUAUUAUAAAUAAUCUAGGAUAAUGGAGGAUUCCAACGAGGAGGUCAAUGUUGUUUCCGAACUCUACUUUUUGAUAGCGAAAUUUCUCUCCGGCGGCCCGUUGAAAGAAACUGCUAAGACUUUACUUAAAGAGUUGGAGAGCGUCGAGGUGCUGCCUAGGCGACUCGACUGGGAGGGCGUCGAGCAUCCUCAGUCGUACAAUGAAUUGGACUCGCAGUACUCGGACGUGUCGUGGCGCCGGCUGGUGUCGGUGUGCGAGCGCGCGCUGCGCCUGGCCCGGUCGGCGCCGGUCGCGCCGCCGCCGGGCGGCCAGCAGCUGGGCGCGCGCCUGUCGCUGCUCAGCGAGUCGCUCGUGAGGGCCAAGCCGCAGUACGCGUCCUACAAGCCGGACCACACGCUCGUGCGCAAGUUGUUGUCGCGCGAGCUGGGCGCAGGAGGCAUCGGCGCGGGGGGAGCGGGCCUGGGCGCCACCGCCACCGCCCCGCGCCCCUUCCCCGUGCGCCUCCUGCGCGGGCUGAGCCUGCAGCGCCGCACGCUGGGCCACCUGUCGGCCGUCUACUGCCUCGCCUUCGAUCGCACCGGCCGCUACGUGCUCACGGGCGCCGACGACCUGCUGGUGAAGGUGUGGAGCGCCGUCGACGGGCGCCUGGCGGCCACGCUGCGGGGCGCCGGCGCAGAGAUCACGGACGUGUGCGCCUCGCACGACGGCACGCUGCUGGCGUGCGGCUCCGUGGAGCGCCUCGUGCGCGUGUGGUGCCUGGCCACGGGAGCGCCGCGCGCCGUGCUGCACGCGCACGCCGGCACCAUCACCUCCGUGCAGUGGGCGCCGCCCGCGCACUCCGAGCUGCGCUGGCUGGCCUCCACGAGCACGGACGGCUCGGUGGCCUUCUGGACGUGCUCGCGCGAGGGGCAGUUCCUCUCGCAGCCGGUGCAGUACGUGGAGCGGCUGCGGCCGGGCCCCUGCCACAUGAUCUGCGCGGCCUGGUCUGCCGGCGGGGCCUUCCUGGCGGCGGGCUCGGCGGACCAGCGCGUGCGCGUGUACGCGCUGGAGGCGGCCGGCCCGCGCCGCGUGCUGGAGACGCCGGCGCACGCGGACGCCGUGGACUCGCUGGCCUGGGCGCACCGCGGCCUGCGCUUCGUGUCCGGCAGCAAGGACGGCACGGCCGCGCUGUGGACGCUGCACGCCACGCAGUGGCGACACACGCUGCUGCGCGUGCACAACCCGGACGAGCACAAGAAGCUCAAAGUGACCAUGGUGUGCUGGGACCGGAGUGACGCGUAUGUGAUGACGGCCGUAUCGGACAGUUCCGUGCGCGUGUGGUGCGCGCGCACGUGCGUGCAGGUGCGCGUGCUGGCCGGUCACCGUGACGAGGCGUACGUGCUCGAGGCGCACCCGACGCUACCGGGCGUGCUGCUGUCGGCGGGCCACGACGGGCAGCUGUUCGUGUGGCAUGCGGAGCAGGAGGAGCCGUUGGCGCGCUUCCACAACGUGAUCCCCGGCCAGGGGGAGGGCGCGCUAUUCGACGCGCGCUGGGCGGCUUGCGGCACGCGCGUGGCCGCCAGCGAUUCGCACGGGCACCUGCUGCUGCUGGGGCUCGGCUCCGGCCACACGCGGCUGGCGCGCCUGCCGACUGAGCUAUUCUUCCACACGGACUACCGGCCGCUGUCGCGUGACGCGCUUGGUGGCGCGCUGGACGAGCAAACGGACUUGCCGCCGCAUCUCAUGCCGCCGCCCUUCCUCGUCGACGUCGAGGGCGCGCCGCAUCCGCCGGAGUUCCAACGUCUCGUCCCGGGGCGCGAGGCUCUCCCGCUGGAGCAGCUCGUCCCGCGCACGCGGCUGGACGCGAUGAUCGAGGCGCUGGCCGCCGACCCGCUGACUCCCGGCGUGCACGCCGGCCCCGGCGCGCAAGCGGAGCAGGCGCCGGCGGGGCACGGCGUUUGGCGCGGGGAGGGGGUCCGCCACACGGCGGGCUCCUGGCAGGGGCUGGACGUGCCGCUGAGCACGCGACCCAUCGUCGCCCCGCUGCCGGCCUCGGCGCGAGAGGAGCUCGAGAAGGCGAGCACGGAGCUGAACGCGUGGGAGAUGUCGUGGUACCGGCGCGAGAUGCGGCGCCGGCCCGUCAUGAUCAGCACGGCGCCCGGCGACGGCCCGCGCCGCCGGCCCGGCCGCCGCCCGCGCGCCGCGCCCCGCGCGCGCCCGCCGCCGCCGCGCACGCAGCCCGAGGAGGUGGUGGACGCGGUCGAGGACAGCGGCAGCGACACGUCGGACGAGUCGGUGCGACUGUCGGGCUCCCGCUCCUCCCGCUCCUCGCGCUCCUCGCACUCCUCCCGCUCGUCUCGCUCCUCACGGUCCUCUCGUUCCCGACACUCGAGCGCUGACGUCACAGACUCAGAUAGCUCGCAUUCCGCAAGCAAGAGCGACAGCUCGUCGUCGCAGUACUCGGACUGGCAGGCGGGGCCCGCGCUGGCGCCCCCCGCGCGCGCGCGGCGCCGCCCCGCGCCUACCGCCCGCGCGGGGGCGGGCGGCGCGGGGGGCGGCGCGGGGAGCGGCGCGGGGGGCGGCGCGGGGAGCAGCGCGGGGGGCGGCGCGGGGGGCGGCGCGGCGGGCGGCGCCGAGCUGCCCGAGGCGUACCGCGUGGGCGAGUGGCUCACCGCCGUGUCGCCCCGCAAGGCGCCCUACCACCCGCAGAUGGGAGACCACUGCUUGUACUUUCGCCUGGGUCACCAGCGAUAUUUCGAGGCGGUGGCUGAGAAGGACCUGUACAAGAUACAUCCCCGGGACAAACCCUGGGAACGAAUGCAGAUAUAUGACUGCGAGGCGGUGAAGGUGGUGGGCAUCAAGUACGUGAUCAAGCCGCCGCGCGUGGUCAGCCUGAAGCUGUUCCGCGAGCGCGACUCGCGCGCCUUCACCGUGCGCUACCACGACAUGCCCGACGUCAUCGACUUCCUCGUGCUGCGCCACCACUACGACGCCGCCGUCGCCCGCCACUGGGGCGCCGGGGACAGGUUCCGAUGCAUGAUCGAUGACUCGUGGUGGACGGGGCAGGUCCUGGAGCGCUCGUCGGGCUCCGCCGCCGCCUCCAACUGCAGCGACGCGGAGGCCUGGGCCAAUGAGGCCGCUUCUCAUUUCCUGUCGCUGCGAGUGCGGUGGGACAACGGCGAGGUGGAGCGUCUCUCGCCCUGGGACCUCGAACCCAUCGACCCGGACAGACUGCCGUCGGAGCCGGGCGGCGCGGUGGCGGUGCUGGCGCCCGAGCUGCGCGCCGUGCUGGCGCGCGCGCACGACUGGCCGCCGCGCGCCUGCCCGCGCAUCGCGCACCACAUCUCGCAGGUGAUGUCACUGUCGGUGGCGGAGCCGUUCGUGGCGCCGGUGGACCUGCAGCUGUACCCGAGCUACGCGCUGGUGGUGCCGUACCCCGUCGAUCUAGCCACCAUUCGCGCUCGCUUUGAAAAUCUGUUCUACCGGCGGCCGGCGGCGGCUCAGUUCGACGCGCGCUGGCUGGCGUCCAACGCGGAGCGGUUCAACGAGCCGCAUUCACCCAUCGUGCGGCAGGCGAGGCUCGUCACCGACCUGCUGCUGUACAUCAUCAGCAAUUGGGAGACUGUGGAUGUGGUGGCGCAGUACCACGCGCUGGCUGCCUCCUAUCAGUCUUCGGAUGAUGAAGUUGUCGAUAAGAAGCAGCGCCGCGCGAGCCGCACGCGGGCGGGCGGCGCGGGCGGCGCGGGGGGCGCGGGGGGCGCGGGCGGCGACUGGCGCGCGGUGUGCGCGGGGCUGCUGCGCGAGCUGUACGCGUCGGCCGACGCCGAGCCGUUCCGGGAGCCCGUGUCGUCGUCGCAGGUCCCCGACUACUUCGCGGUGGUGUCGCGGCCCAUGGACCUGGGCACGGUGCGGCGGCGGCUGGCGUGCGGGCGGUACGCGCGCGCCGCGCAGGUCGCCGCCGACGUCAGGCUGGUGUUCGCCAACAGCCGGCUGUACAACACCAACAAGCGCAGUCGGAUCUAUUCGAUGACUGUGCGUCUGUCGUCGUUAUUCGAGGCGCUGUGGGCGCGCUUGCCUGUCGAGUUGCACAGCACGCGCACGCGCAGAGCACGCCGCGCGCACGCUCGCACGCACGCACGCACGCACCCACGCCCACGCCCGCACGCACGCGCACGGACGCGACAGGCCGCCGUUGAGGCGCAAUCGGGCGCAUCCGCAGCGCGCGCGUCGUCGGCGAGCUCAGCGCACACGCACGACUCGUGGGACAGCGACGCACCGCUCACGUCGCACAGGAAAGGCAAAGGUGUUGGCAAGAAGAGCAAGAGCGCAGCAUCCGCGUCCUCCAGCAGUAGAGCUCCUCCCGAGAGCCUGCCUGCUACGAGUAACGGCGUCGCGUCAGAAGCGGAAGCGGAGGCGGUAGCGGGCGAACGAUCCGCAGACGACAGCAGCGAACACUCGCGGAUAGAGGUGGUGGAAGAGGAACUCGUGGAGGAUGAGGUGGAGCUGGAGUACGAACCCCCACCCACCAGCACACGGCACCCACAGCCGCGUCGCCGGCCGCGCACGCUGCGCGCGGCGGCGAGCGCGGAGCGGCGCAAGCGCCGGCGGGCGCGCAGCUCCGCCAGCAGCGCCGCCUCGCGCAAACACAAGCGGGUACGCGAACGCUUCUCGGAGGGCAGUUGGUCGUCGUCGUCGUCGGGCUCCGGAUCGGGCUCGGGUUCCGGCUCCGGCUCGGGCUCCGGUCGGCGGCGCUACGAGUCGGACCGCUCCUACCGGCCGGCCGCCUACUCCACGGACGACGACGCGCCGCUGCUGCUCUACCGACAACGUCAGGCUGAGGAGGUCCAAGCGGGGCCAUCUCGCGUCACAUUCAACUCGCACAGGAGUGGCGGCGUGUCGCUACGACGACGCGGUAGCCCGCGACGGUACAACGAAGACAGCGAGGACGACUCCGUGGCCGCCAUCAGCAAGCGCCUGCCGCACCACCACCGCCACCACCAGCAGCAGCAGCGCGCGUUAGCCCGGCGGCGACACCACGCUCAGGGGCCGGCGACGGGAGCGGCGGGUGCGGCCGCCAGCGACCACAACUACUUCAACGGUCACGCGCAGCACAACGGCGCGUCGUCCGGCGCGUCCGGCGCGUCCGGCGCGUCCGGCGCCGGGCCGGUGUCCAUCUCGUCGCGCGGGCGCGUGCGCAAGCUGACGGCCAAGGCGCGCGGCCUGCUGCGCCGCUGA